AGUAUAUUUGCUUGAGCUAAGUUAUCAUCAUGGCGGCUGAUAAAAUCACGCUCGUCGUUCAGCCAAGGGGCAAACCCAUUCGGAAGCUCCCCAAGGAAAUCGAGAUCCCUCUCAAUGCCUCCAGUGAAGAAUUGCACACUGCGCUCUCCGCAGCAUCCGGUUGCUCAACCCACCGGAUGAGAAUCACCAAGGGUAGCGACCACAGCGUGGUCCCGAAUUCGAUCAACACGACCAUCGAGGACACUGGCAUGCGCAACUCAAGCGUGAUCUACGUCAAGGAUCUCGGACCCCAAAUUGCCUGGCGCACCGUCUUCAUCAUUGAAUACCUCGGCCCACUCCUGAUCCCCGCGCUCUUCCUUUUCCCACUCCGACCCUUCCUGUACUUCACCUUCGACAAGCCCCUCCCCCCGCCAUCAGACCUCCAGCUCCUCGUCUGCGCGCUGCUGAGCGUACACUUCCUGAAGCGCGAGUUCGAGACAAUCUUCGUGCACCGUUUCAGCAGCGCUACCAUGCCCGCCCGCAACAUCGUCAAGAACAGCGCCCACUACUGGGUUCUGGCUGGUUUCAAUAUCGCCUACUGGGUGUUCCGUCCGGACGCGACUGCUGCCACCAGUACCCCCAACCAGUUCCUUGUGUACGGUGGACUGGCGCUGUUUGUCUUUGGUGAGCUGGCGAACCUGAAUGCGCACUACAUCUUGCGUAAUCUCCGCCGGCCUGGUACUACUGAGCGAGGCAUUCCGUCUGGAUUCGGUUUCAGUGCUGUUACCUGCCCCAACUACUUCUUUGAGAUCGUGGCUUGGUUGGGCAUUUUCCUUGUCAGCCAGUUGAACUGGAGUGUGCUGUUCUUCGUUCUUAUUGGUGGGUUGCAGAUGUGGAGCUGGGGUUGGAAGAAGGAGAAGCGCUACCGCAAGGAGUUCGGUGACAAGUACAAGAAGAAGCGCGCUGUCAUCUUCCCUGGCCUUGCCUAA